AGGCUCCGGGGAGAUGACAAACUUUCUCCGGCGGCGGACGCGCUUGGGGACAUCCCUGGGCCGUGGGUCUGUUGGAACAGCGGGGGGCCUUAGAUCAGACUCACGCAGCACUCCGCUGCCGGGCCAGCUCCCAGCCUGGGGAGAAGGAGCCAGCGCGGUACCUAUGAGCCAGCCUUGGGGUGGCGCCCGCACUGGGGAACCAAGCGGUAGCCAGGGCCCCCCGCAGCGAGGGCUCUGGAAGCCCACUUUGCAGACUGGCUUCUGUGGGUCCUGAGGGGUGUGUGGAGAGAAAGCCACUUGUCCCUCUCCAAACCCGAGCAGGCCCAAGUACCCGCCCAGAAGCUCCUCGACUUCUGAGACCCCCAAGGGGCACACCCCAUUCCUUGAGGAUCCAGAAGGAGCUACUCCUUUAGAGAGAGAAAGAAAGGGGAAAAAACCAAACAAACAAAGAUAGCUGCCAUCACUCCUUAAUGAGAUGUUAAGAGGGGACCCGUGGCCGGGCUGCUGGCCACCUCCUUCCCAGCCCCUGACUGCCCAGUUCAGGUCCCUGAAGCUGUCCCAAACCAGAUCACCGCUCUGAGUGUGGUCACACACCUUUCUCCCUAGGGAACACACACUUCCAAGAGGCCACCCCCUGUGUGCACAUUCUGGACAUCACUGUCCUCCGUUCCUGCCUGGGGCUGGGGUCACUGGCAUACUGGUUGAUCCUUGGCAGACUUGAUGUCCCCUAGAUACAGAGACUGGGUGCACUUCUGGCCAAGAGCUGUGUUUGGAAAUGAUCCCUUGGUGGUGGAUCAGCCUCCUGCUGGGACUGGGUGCCUGUCUUUGUGGAAUGGCAUUGCCGGGAGUUCUUGGACAGCUCUUGAGGGGUUAGGUGAGAUUUUAAGGAUGUCCUGCCUUAGUUUAGGAUUCUAAUCUCAAGUUAGAAGCCACUUCCCCAGGCUGCCCAAAUCCAGGCAAAUCCUCCGGGGUGUCAGAGUCUGUGCCAGGGCUCUUCCGGGAGCCCCAGCCCUGAUUCAGGAGGUAGCUUCAAACCUGCCUUUGACUUGCUGUGUGACUUAGGGCAAACUACCAGGCCUCUCUGAGCUCAGCUACCGUUUCCAUAAGAAUGAAGAUAUGCUACGUAUCCUCAGAGAUCCUCAUUCGGGCCACUAUGUGGCCCUCAGCAAUGUGACAGGUGGGAAUUUUUAAGAUCUCAGGGUGUGUGUGUGUGUGUGUGUGUGUGUGUGUGGUAGAGGUUAGUAUUUAGGAACCCAGGUCUCAAAGUAGAUCUGAGUGGCCCCUGGCCACUCCUCCACUGUAAAGUAAGAGUUUAUAGUUCCUACUUAGGAAGGUGCUGGGAGCACUGACUGGGAUGAUGCUGGGAGCACGCGUCACAGUCUGGCAGAGUAAGGGAGCAAUGGGGAUGCCCAUUUGGAAGUCUCAUGCGUGAAUCCUGGGAACCAUUCUCCCAGGGAGGCUUCCACAGAGCUCCAAGGAUCCUUAGCUGGGGCCAGGGUCCUAGGUCUCUCCAAUUGCAGGAUACCUGCCCUCCCCACCCUUCUUGCUUCCUUUUAAAACCGCUGCUGGACCAGCUGCUCCCAGUGGGGAGCCCAGGGCAGUCUGGGAGGGCUGGAUGCACCCAGCUGCUGCGUCGUCAUGACAACAGGAGAUGGAGGAGGUAACCUGGUAUCCUGAAGCUUGAGCCGAUGGAGACCUUCCAGCACGAGUGCCCAGAAGGUGGCACACAGCUCGGUUGCUCAUUGGAGCUGGAGGAGAGGCCAGCGUCAACGCCCACGGGGAACUAACCAGGUUCAUCAGCCCAAAGGGGGCUGAGAAGGGGCCAGAGUGACUGCAGCUGCUGGACUCCCUCCCACAUCCUUGUCACCAGAGUUCUUUAGCCACGCUCUGGGGUGGGAUGUGGGGAAAGGAGCCAGCAUCUUGUAUGACCCCUUUCUUGGCCCCAGGCAGCUCGGCUUGACCUUUGGGCUCCAGAACCUCUGCCCUCAUUUCCUCUGACCUCAGCUCAGCCUGGUCUUGCUUUCUGGCUAGUGUCUCCUCUGCGAGGGAUUUGGGUACCACCCCCUUGGAAUUGCAUCCCUAAAGUGUCCCGGGAAGCCACGCCCUCCAAGCCCCUUCCCAGUCGUCAAGCCCAGCCAUCCAACCCAGCCAGCCCUGAGCCUGUCCGGAAUGAUCCGGCUAUGGCCAAGCUCUGGUUCAAGUUCCAGCGGUGUUUCCGGUAUUUCCGCAGGAAGCCGGUGCGCUUCUUUACCCUCCUGGCUCUCUACCUGACCGCUGGGAGCUUAGUCUUCUUGCACUCGGGCUUUGUGGGCCAGCCCGCUGUGCCCCAGAGCCAGGCCAGCCCUGCAGCGGGGAGCCCGGCAGAAGGAGCCGAGCUGCCUUUCCUGGGUGACUUGCACCUGGGACGAAGCUUCCGAGACACGGGGGAGGCCUCCAGCAUCGCACGCAGGUACGGACCCUCAUUCAAGAGCAAGGAGACCAGCGAGAGAGCCAAGCUGGGCGACUACGGAGGAGCCUGGAGCCGAGCCCUCAAGGGGAGAGUUGUCCGGGAGAAGGAGAAGGAAAAGGAAGAGGAGAGAGCCAAGUACAUCGGCUGCUACCUGGACGACACCCAGAGCCGGGCCCUUCGAGGUGUGUCCUUUUUCGACUACAAAAAGAUGACAGUCUUCCGUUGCCAGGACAACUGUGCUGAACGGGGCUACCUGUAUGCUGGGCUGGAGUUCGGUGCCGAGUGCUACUGUGGCCACAAGAUCCAGGCGGCCAACGUGAGCGAAGCCGAGUGUGACAUGGACUGCAAGGGAGAGCGAGGCAGCGUGUGUGGUGGUGUCAACCGCCUCUCUGUCUACCGACUACAGCUGGCCCAGGAGUCUGCCCGCAGGUAUGGAAGUGCGGUGUUCAGGGGCUGCUUCCGCCGACCCAACAACCUCUCCCUGGCCUUGCCUGUGACAGCCGCCAUGCCAAACAUGUCGGUGGACAAGUGCGUGGACCUCUGCACAGAGAAGGAGUACCCCCUGGCAGCUCUCGCUGGCACCGCCUGCCACUGUGGGUUCCCCACUACCCGAUUCCCCCUUCAUGACCGGGAGGAUGAGCAACUGUGUGCGCAGAAGUGCAGUGCUGAAGAGUUUGAGAGCUGCGGGACCCCCAGCUACUUCAUCGUGUACCAGACGCAGGUCCAAGACAAUCGCUGCAUGGACCGAAGGUUCCUCCCAGCCAAGUCUAAGAAGCUCAUCGCGCUCGCCAGCUUCCCCGGUGCCGGCAACACAUGGGCUCGCCAUCUCAUCGAGCUGGCUACUGGCUUUUACACGGGCAGCUACUACUUCGAUGGCUCUCUGUACAACAAAGGGUUCAAAGGUGAGCGAGACCACUGGCGAAGUGGGCGGACCAUCUGCAUCAAGACCCACGAGAGUGGCCAGAAGGAGAUCGAGGCCUUCGACGCAGCUAUCCUGCUCAUCCGCAACCCCUACAAGGCCCUCAUGGCCGAGUUCAACCGCAAGUAUGGAGGCCACAUAGGCUUCGCUGCCCAUGCCCACUGGAAAGGCAAAGAGUGGCCUGAGUUCGUGAGGAACUAUGCUCCGUGGUGGGCCACGCACACACUGGACUGGCUCAAGUUUGGCAAGACGGUACUGGUGGUGCACUUCGAGGAUCUAAAGCAGGACCUCUUUGCACAGCUGGGCCGGAUGGUCAGCCUGCUGGGCGUGGCGGUCAGGGAAGACCGGCUACUGUGUGUGGAGAGCCAGAAGGAUGGCAACUUCAAGCGCUCGGGGCUCCGCAAGCUGGAGUACGACCCGUACACGGCUGAGAUGCGCAGGACCAUCGCCACCUACAUCAGGAUGGUGGACUCGGCGCUGCGCAGUCGCAACCUUACCGGGGUGCCCGAUGCCUACGGCCCAAGAUGAUGGAUGGCCAGGGAGGGAUCCAGCAUCCCCCGUGGCUCCAAAGAGCUGGCUUCCCUCUGGCAUGAUGACAACCCCAGGCUUCUGCCUGUUUUCAGAGAGGCUCCUCCAAGGCUUGGGGAGGAGACAUCCAGGCACCUUCCCCUGGCUGCCUGGUUUGGGGAGUCCCUGUGCCUGCUGUUGAGGGGAAAGGAGAGACAUUUACCAUGGAGAUGGCAGUGGUUGUACGGUUCUGGAUAUGACAGCUGAUGGACAUUUAUACACAGUGACCCUGCAGCUGACUGUGUGGGCCCCUGUAUCUUCCCCUGAGCAAGCACUGGCUUUCUGAUCUCUCUCAGGCCACUGCUGUGUGACAGACAGAUGGCUGGGACCUGUCUCUGUGGCCUUAGGAGUGUGACUUCUGAGGUGGUGCCUUGGCACCACCGUGGAAGCUGCCCCCAGGCUAAACCACAUGUGAGAUCCAAGCUGGGUGCUGUUCUGUCUCUAGGGCUGGAAUUCUGUCCUUUCUACCCAUGCGGUGUCUUGGGGUGGGGGUGACUUUGGGUUUCUUGAUCCUUCUUCCAAAGUCCCUUAGGUACCAAAAACCAACCCAACAGGUUGGCCUUGUGCCACAUACGGAGCCCCAAUGACUCAUCUUUUUAGGGUGGGGUCCAGCAUGUCUAUCUUACACUGCCCUCCUGAGCCCUUAACCAGGGAGUCCUUUACUACCCAGGGGAGGGAACGAAAAGUGCUCCAACUCAGAAGGAGCCACACUCAAAAUCCCCCUACCUGCCAAGACAUCAGCCCCCUUCCCUUGCCCAACAGAGCCAGUUCCCCCGGGAACUCCUUAGAAACGGGAUAAUGAAUGGCUCUCCAUCGCACCACUGUUCUCUCGAGGCUGAGACACCAAACCAAAGGAUUUCUGACUUGAGUCACCGAUCAUGUUUUCAGAAGCUUGCAUCCAGGGUCCCAUCUUCCCACCUUGGAUCCCUGUGGCUUCCCCUCCAGCCUACCAUUCCCAUCGCAUAGACACAAAAGCCAUAGUCACAACCCCCUCGCUCUUCUGUCCAGAGCAGCCCCCGCAACCUUGGUGGGAGGGCCAGGCAAACAAACACUCGUUCCCACCUAGCCAAGGAACCCUGGAGAAGGUUCAUGAAAAGAGAUUCUAUUUUUUUAAGAGGAAUAUGACCAAGACAUUCUGCCCCUUGGACACUGGCUGCGCAAAAAGAAGGGCCAGAAACUGUACCUGAUUCCCUUCUCCGAUGCCCUCAUCCGGAGGGUGCGGACCACCCCAGGGCUCAGCCAGGGGGCUCUGAAUGUAUUUUGUAUGGUGUUUCUUCCCCCCAGGCUGAUUUCUAGUUUUCUUUCACUGGGUAGUAGAUGAUCGGGUCUCCCCUCCUGUGAGGAGGUCAGUUCUCUCUGGGUCCAGAACCCGGGCCGGUUCCUUGCUCGUGGCCACCUCUGGUCACGAACUUCCAGUCCCAAGAUUCCUCAGGUCAACACUAUCAUUAAAAAGAGUUUUGUUGCUAAUUCUA